CUCUACUCUGCGCUGAUUCUUAGCAACGUCGACGCGAGCGAGGGUGCAGCGUGGCGAGUGACAGAAUACCUCGAGGAGAUGCGAGAAGCAGGUUUACAGCCGGACGUCGGUAUAUGCCAUGCUGCUUUGAAGGUGUUGAGCGUGCACCCAGAUCAUCUCCUACGUGCUGAUGUUUUGGAAUACAUGCGGGCUCGUUGGCUGUCUCUUAGCGAGGAAGGCGCGCACGACGUGGCUGCCGGUCUUCUCCGCGAAAGCUUGUUCGAACAAGCCAUGCAACGCAUAGACGGCAUGCAAAGGAGCGGUAUACACGUACAGCCUUGGCUGCUUGACAUGACUGUCCACGUGCUGUGCAUGGCUGGCGAGAUCGAAGAAGCGUACCGUGUGAUGCGACAACGCCAUGAGGCCGGCGAACCUGUACUCAGCAAGAACGUAUGGUACGCAUUGUUGGACGCUGGUAGUUCGUAUCGGCACGCUGCCAGCACGGCGCUUGUGUGGAAUACGCAGGUCAACUCCGGAUACAUCAAUCCGUCAUCAGGCAUCUGUCUCAACGUGCUUACCACAGCGUCACGGGCCGGCGACGCCAUCCUUGCAACCGAUGUCUUCACGCACCUUUCCAAGCGCGGCACAGCCUUCACCACCAUACAUUACCAGCUGCUCAUCGACUGCUACCUCGCCGCUUCGCCGCCGGAUCUGACCCGUGCGCUCAGCAUCCUCAGCAUUAUGGAGCUCGAGAAAGGCGCCUCGCCAACGCCGGACGUGACUCGGUCCCUAUAUGUCUACCUACGCGAAAAUCCCGAGCUUGUUAAAGAGGCCUUCAAGAUCCUCCGGGACCUGCACGAGCAAGGCCGCAAAAUACCAAUCGCGGCGCUCAACUUACUCAUCGAAUGCUACGCUCAGCAGCACAACCUGACGGAAUCGCUGAAUGUGUACAAAUUGAUCCACACCUUCUUACCAGCCGAGGGCGGCGGAACUCGGAAGACGCUCGCGAACGUUGACACCUUCAAUCUCCUCCUCCGUAGCUGUCGUCUCGCGGACCCGCCUGACGAGAAUCUGGCUAGCUUCCUGGUCUCCGAGCUCCUCGCUCUGCGCAUCAGACCUACCGCGCUGACAUACGAUCGCUUAAUCCUCGUCUUCGUCCAAGCAGGC